UAGAAAAGAGGAGGUGAAAAAAAAAUGGGAUUGUGUGGAGAAUAAUUCAAACAAAACAUCGGCCUUUGAGAACCAAAGGCCCACUUUUGUUGGGAUCAAAUACAAUACUGGGGGCAUGUGACCAUCUAGUUUACUUUUGUUUUGCUCUUCGUUUUCCUCUUAUUCACUUUUGUGAUUUAUUACUUUUUUUUUCUUUGUUAUGCGAAAACACCAAAAGGACUCUCUUUGUGAACGUGUUUGAUCCUUUGAUAGCAAAGAUAUAAACGAUACUUGUUACCUAGAUGGAUGGGUAUGCUGGUAAAAGAGCUGUUGAUGGGCUUGUUGUACCUGGCAAGAGAUCAGGUCUCAUCUUGAAGGAUCAUGUUAAUAACAGAGAACGAAAUGCUCAAUUUUGCAACCGAAUUGGAUGCAAUGGCAGGCUGAACUCCAUGAAAGGUACGCCAAAUGGCUGCUUGGAAAAAGCCAAAUCUUCUAGGCCUUCUUACCGCACUUCAUCAAGUGGCAAGGAAAUAAUUGGAAGUUCUUCUAGGGCAUACUCUGCAGUUAGCAACACAAGAAAAUCCUCUAGAAAUCCUCAGAAAAAGCUACCAUCUCAGCUGGAAACAGAUUCAUCUGAAACUAGUAGUGUUCAGGAUGAGCCAGAAGUGUCAGAACUCAUACCCCCACCAGGAAAGAUUCAAAGAGGGCUGCAGCCUGAUUCUGAAGAUGGUGAUUCUAGGGAAGUUACAGUGAUGGAAGUGGGGAGCUCUAGUGUAGCGUCAAGCACAAGAUCAAGGAGAAAUUUUAUUCAGAGAUCUGGGUUGGGCAACCAGGAUAGUCUGCCCAGUCCAUCUGUUACUUUGGCAUCUCGAAGUGCUUCCCAGGCAACUCGUGCUAAUGCAAGCAAGUACGGUUUGAGAAAUCUAAAAUGUAACUCUAUUUCUGAUGUUGUCCCAUCUGGUUGUUCAUCAUCAGAUUCAAGCCUUAGCAGAAGGAAAGAAACAGUUAAAAAGAGAAACUCUGAUGGAGAGGGUAGUUCCUCCACGAGGGGAAAGAAGUUGAGUGGGUCAUCUUUGGAGGGACGAAACAACAUUUCUAGCCACGGUGUUUCUAUUUCUGAUUCAAGGCGAGCCAGAAAUUGGCCUCCUAACAGGGAUAGUGGUGUUGCUUCAGUUAGGACUCAGAGAUCAAACAGUAGUUAUGGCAGAGGGAGACUCCCUAACCAUGCAAAUGGAAAUAGUAUAACUUUGAACGAGUCCCCCGUAGUCAUCCCGCAAGUUCAUCAAUCUGAUAUACCUAUUGAUUUGAAUGCCCCUGUUUCUACAGAAACUGCUGCAACUCGUGCUAGUUCUUACGGUCGAGCAGGUAGUAUCAGUGAGAGUUUACGCAGUGUCAUGCCCUCUAGUCCUUCAGAAGUUGGCAUUACCCGCUCUUCAUUGAAUCUGGAUAGCUUCCAGCGCUACAAUAUGGAUGGCAUUGCAGAGGUAUUAUUAGCACUUGAGAGGAUUGAACAGGAUGAAGAAUUGACGUAUGAGCAAUUACUUGUUCUAGAGACCAGCUUGUUCCUUAAUGGCCUAAACUUUUAUGACCAGCAUAGAGAAAUGAGACUGGAUAUAGAUAAUAUGUCAUAUGAGGAAUUACUAGCUCUAGAAGAGAGGAUGGGUUCUGUGAGCACUGCAUUAUCAGAAGAAGCAUUGUCAAAAUGCCUUACAAAAAGCAUCUAUGAGGCAACAUCUUCAGAGGAUGGAAAUGUCAGCUGUGAGGGUGAAAAGGAUGAUGUCAAAUGCAGUAUAUGUCAGGAAGAGUAUGUCAUCGGUGAUGAAGUAGGGAGGUUGCAGUGCGAGCACAGGUAUCAUGUGGCAUGCAUACAGCAGUGGCUGCGGGUGAAGAAUUGGUGCCCUAUUUGCAAAGCAUCAGCCGAACCCAUGCAGUCUUCCGCGCCCUCCUCGUAACUUAGUUGAAUUUGAAUAGAAAGCAAGAGGACGAGUUUUCUUCUGUACAAAUUGAUUGCUUCCCUUCAGCAUUUUUUAUUUUAUGAUCACCUUGUAAAUGUCAAAUCUCUUUCUCAUGUCAGUCAACUAAUAAAAACAGGUGCUCUUAGCUCUGCACUGGAGCUUAAUUCACCCAUAAAAGAAAUGUGAAUCAAAAUACACAUAUUACUUCUGUAAUUUGAGCUUGAUCAGUUCUUUCUCUCUUCUUGGUA